GUCGCUGUUAGAAGGACCGCUACCAUCACCCACAAGCCACAACCACCCCCUUUAAAACCGCAAACAAAUCCUCACCGUUCAACGUACUCUCCCCUCUCUCAUCAUCGCCAUUAUCAUCAUCAUCAUCAUGAAAAGCUAAAAAAAAAAGAAACACACAAAACGAACGCUCAAAACCAACAAAAUUGAAUUAUCUCUCUCGCUCUCUCUCAAAAAAGAGAUCAAGAAUUUUUAUUUCCUUUCUAAUUAUGAGGAGAAAGUGUAGAAUUGGAGAAAUUGCUGUUAUGGAGCUAGCUGACGUUCGAGUUCGAACGCGAGCCAUGGCAACCGAAACAAUUCAGAAGAAACGCAGAAGAUUAAACGACGACGAAGAAGCUGAAUUUAAACUAACUUCUUCAAACACCUCGAGGAUGACGUAUAUCCAGUUAAGAAGCCGGAAAAUUUUGGUGGAUCAUCAUCGUCGUAAUGAAAAUCGUUGUUUGAGCCCUAACUCGGAUCAUGAUGAUGACGUGUCAUGCUGUUCAAGUAAUAUCGGACCGAGCGAGAAAAGGAUUAUCGAAUUGCCAGAUCUGGAGGAUGAGAGUAUCGAAGUUGAAACAUCCACGCAUUUUAGCAGCAGAGAAAGCAGAAGAGAAACGACGCCGUCCAGUGAGCUCGGACCAGAACCAGAAGACCUGGAUUCAACGUCGAGGCCAUCAGAGGCGAACUCUCACCGUAGAUCAACGGUGGAGAUGAUGUCAACCGAAGCUGAACUCGAAGAAUUCUUUGCAACUGCCGAGAAAAAACUUCAAAAACAGUUUGCUGAAAAGUACAACUACGAUAUUGCCAAGGAUGAACCGUUGGAAGGACGUUAUGAGUGGGUUCGAUUAAAGCCAUGAAGAAAAAGCCAAAACCAAAAAAAAAAAAAAAAGAAAGGAAAAA